AGACCUUGACGACCUCUCGAAUAAUUAUCUGGCCCCGUAGAUCUAGUGAUAUUAUAGCGAGGGGGCGCGCGGAGGCCUUGUCUGGGACGGAUUAGGCCAGAGCCUGGGAAACGGGAGGGGGCCGGUGGCACGCGAACAAGUAACCAGGUCAAGCAAUUGAUAAGUGGUCUUCGGGUCUGACCCGACACUGGAGACCUCACUUGACCCUACCUGCCAACCCUAAUUCGUUCCCGUUCACAGCAUGCCGGCCGAUUUCGAGAACCAAAGCUACUGGCACGAGCGGUUCGCCUCCGAGACCUCCUUCGAAUGGCUGAUACCGUCCGAGUCCUUCAUGGCCAUCAUCCUGCCGCACCUCCAAGCGCUCUCGGGCCGCAGGCACGCCACGAGGGUACUCCAGCUCGGCUUUGGCACCAGCGAUCUACAAAACUGCUUCCGUUCGAGGGGUUACGUGGACGUGACGAACGUCGACUACGAGCCACUGGCCAUCGAGCGCGGCCAGCAGCGUGAGAGAGAAGCAUUCGGCGAUGUCAAGAUGAAGUAUAUCGUUGCCGAUGUGACCCAAUUGGAGAGCGGCCUGCCGCCGGGCGAGGUAUUUGACUUGGUUGUGGACAAGAGCACCGUCGAUGCGGUAUCGUGCGGCGGAGAGGAUCCUCUCGCCAGGAUGGCUGCCGGCGUCAGAAAGUGUCUUGCUGACGGUGGGAUUUGGAUCUCUCUCAGCUAUUCGUCGAGCCGGUUUGACGCCGAGCGACUCCCUUUCGACGUCGAAGUAGCCGCCAAGAUCCCAGCGCCGAAGCUGAAGACGACUGACCCGGAUAUCUACCACUGGUGCUACCUUCUUCGACCCAACUAGCUGACGAAGUCCUACCGAAUCCCAUGUCCUCCACCGCCGGCGACCACCGAAUACAAGGCUACGCAUUUAAGUACAUGAGCUCUAGCGGCCAACGGCGGAGAGGGGGGGGGAGACAAGUCACGCGUGAGGGAUCUUAACCGGCCUGCUAAUACCCGCGCGAGGCGCACCGUCAGAAAAAAGAGUAAUAAAAGCGGAGGCUAGCUUGAGUUCUAGUCUGUU